AUGUCUCCGGAAUUGCUUCAAAUCCUCAUACAGGGUAUGCAAAAUUUACAAACUCAAGCUGUCCGAAAUCAAACUGUGAGUACACCUUUGGCCAAUUUGUCUGCAUGCAAAGCUCGAUUUGAUGGAAGUACAAAUGCAAAUGUGGAAGUUUUCAUUGACUCUAUCACAACCUACAAGGACUGUCUCAAUAUUUUUUAUGAACAUGCAGUCAAAGGUUUGAGCAUGCUACUGUUUGACGAUGCCGCUACAUGGUGGCAAGGAAUCAAAUCGUCCAUAACUACUUUUGAGGAAGCCAUCGAAUCGUUACGUCACGCAUAUGGUUUCGCAAAAGCUCCUCAUCAGAUUUAUAAGGAGCUCUUUUCCAGUGAUCAAGGAGCCUACACCCCCAUAAAACACGUCUCGCUGAUGAGUCUGCUGCCAGACACAGAGCACUUCAUGACUUACGAGGGCUCUACCACGCACCCCGGAUGUUGGGAGACGACCGUCUGGAUCAUCCUUAAUAAGCCCAUUUAUAUUACCAAACACGAGGUAGGCCAUGCGCUGAUGCUGAUUUGUUUCGGGGUCCUGCCGACGUAG